AUGGAAACAUAUCCCGACUCUCUAUCUCUCAAAUCUUACAUCUAGCAAUACCAUGGAAAUACUAGAUAUGUGAGAUUACUCGUUAUAGCUGAUAAGUAAUUCAAAUUGAGGGAGGAGGCACUUAAAUUAUGCUUUGAAAUGGCAAAAACUGAGAAGAAACUUUACUUUUACUUUGAGGCUUUAAAGAUACUAAAGAGAGCUUUCCAAGAUAAGCUAGAUCAAUAGCCAUUACCAGAUUUCGGUCAAGAUCCAAAUUUCGAAAGAACAGUCUAGCAAGAAUAUAGAAUGGAAGUAAAAAAGAAGGAUCAAGAAAUUUAAUAGCUUCAAAAGAGUUUGCUUAAAGAUUCUAUUAGAAUUGCUAUGAAUGAGCUCGGAAAUAUACACUAUCAAUAUGGGUUUACUAGUGAAGCCAUUAAGGCUUGGAUUAAAUCGCAUGAUUUUUCAACUUAGGAGGAUGAUUUAUUUAACAUCUCAUUCCAGAUUGCUCAAGCUGCCUAUGAGAGCAUGAACCUCUCUUAUCUUAUCAAGUAUAGUGGUGAAGCAGAAGCAAGAGAUAAGCUUAAGAAUUAAAAGGUUACUAUGCAAAUCAAAAUAUUAGAUGGACUCUCUAGUUUGUUGAACGACAAUCACUCUCAAGCUGCAGCUAAAUUUUCAAGUAUCUAAGUGGUUGAUACUUAUGCAUUACUAAAGUAUAUCAGCUAGUAAGAUUUAGCUUACUAUGUUAUCGUCUGCUCUUUAAGCAGUAUGAAGAGAAGUGACCUCAAAUCCCAGAUUAUGAACUCAUCUAACUAUAAAAAUAUCAUGGAGCAAGCACCAAAUGCUUCUGAGACGAUUGAAAGUUUACUCAAUGGUAGAUACAUGGAAUUCUUAACUCAGCUUAACUAAAUUCAAGUGGCUCUCAAAUUUGAUCCCUUCCUUGGUCAUAAGAUUGGAUAGAUCAUUGGAGAAAUUAGAAAGAAAGCUUUGAUUUAGUAUGUGACUCCAUAUAAAGUAAUCGAUAUGAGAGAAAUAGCUAAAGCGUUUGACCUCAGUAUCGAGUAAAUUGAAGCUGAAAUAGCUGAUUUAAUAGUAAGCAAAAAGAUCUAAGCCAAAAUUGACAGUCAUAGCAAGUUGCUCUAUUCUAGAAAAGAUAACGAUACAUUGAACAGCUACAAAGAAGCAGUUGCUCUAGGUAGAAUGUUCAUCAGAGAAACUGAAUAAGCUAUUCUAAGAGUGCAGGCAUUCCAAAUGAAUAAAGUUCUAAAAGGUCAGAAUCUUGGAUUAACAAUGGAGCCCAGUAAUGAUUAGCAUAUGUAUUGA